AUCUGAUAAUUGUAUUUAGCAAGUGAAUCUGUAUCUUUUCUGUAGAAUCUAGAUAAUUACACAUACAAUUGCUGUCAUUUCUAAAAUAAUAAACUUUAUUCGUAUUUUUACAUUGACGUGCUUCAGAUACCCAUCCUCCUGAUACGUUUUAUCUACUAGUUUUAAAACCUUACGUUUUCCAUCCUCAUGUUUGACUUUUGGUGGAGAUGGAGAAUGCAUCCUGACAGGUGAAUCCUUUUUUGGUGAUGGAGAAGAUGGAAUUUCUUCUUCUUCUUCUUCAUCAGAUGAUUUGGACUCACUGGAAUCGCUUUGUACGGCUCAAGAUUGCCAAUAGUUGCAUAAAGGUUACUAUGGUAUACGAAUCAAAAAAUCUUCAAUUUUGCAGAUACCACAGAUACAAGAACGUAAAUCUUGCCAGAUGAAACAGUGAGCGUUCACGUAACAAACUCGGUCCGACGAUUCCUCGUGGUGAUCAGUGAAUUGAUUCAAGAUUUUUGUGAGUAAACGUUGUGAUUCCUUUAUGUAAAAGCGAAAGAGUGGAAGUAUGGUCUCGGUGAUGCAGCCGUUCAUGGAUGUGGAGAGCUCCAGAAGUUACAUCGAUGAACUGUAUUCGCCAGAUCCCCAAAAAUGUUUGGAAGCUAUUAUAUGUCUCAAGAAUUCUGUUAUUGGAAGUAAUAGGCAAAAAGGUUCGGUAAUAGCUCAAGGUGUAGUACCUCGAUUAUUACAACUCCUCGGAGAUUCAUCUGGUACAAUCGGAGACCGUAUAAGACUUGAGUCUGCAGUGACCUUGGGUUCUUUGGCCAAAGGAACGGAUCAGCAUGUGUUGGCACUUAUAGAUCUUGGUGUUGUGCCAUUGCUAUUUCAGGUUUUAUUAUCUACACCUGUCUCAGAUACACCUCCAGAAGGAAAGCCAAAAGUAAUGGAUUUGUUAAAUGAAGCAUGUUUACGUUGUUUACGUACAGUAUUUCAACAUCCAGCAGCACCAGUUCAUUCGAUAUAUCAAGAUCCAGCAUUAGUGCCCAGAUUAGUGUCACUAGCAAAUAGAUCUGUAACUUCUCAAAUAUGCGUGGCAACAAUUUUAACGACAGCAUGUAAGACAACAGAAGAGCAGAAUGCAUUAUCAGAAGGGGGUGUAGUAGGAAUAUUAGCAAUGCAAUUGGAUUCUCCAUUACCUGACGUGCAAUUAUCAGCUUUGGCUUGUCUAGCGAAUAUGUGUUAUAAAAAUUACAAGGUGUGCGUUACGGUUGCCUCGGCGUCAACUAGUAACACAGUACAAAGUAGACAUGUACCUGUAGUAUUAGGGCAAUUAAUGGGCCGUGAGAAAAGCUCGUUAAUUCAACUCGAAGCUGCAAGAUGUGUUACAUAUAUGUAUAGAACCGGAGUUCUAUUAUAUAAAGAUCCAAGAAUUAUAUACCGUGCUUUACCUUGUUUGGUAAGACUCUGCUAUCGAGAUCGUCCACCUCGUGAAAGAGUAGCUGCAGCUGAGACAUUGGCUUUUCUUACCGAAAUCAACACUGAAUUACAACGUCUAGCUUCUAUUAGUAAUCACUUAAUUCCUACUCUCGCAGAAAUGUUACGACCUCAUCCACACGUACAAGAUGCAACAUUAACGCAAGAUAUGCGACAAGCUGCGUUCAGGGCAUUUGCAUCUCUUAGUGCAAAUGACGAAGACAUACGGAAACGUAUCAUAGAGACAGAAAGUCUUAUGGAGCAAGUAGUGUCGGGUCUUCAAGAUCCUGGUGGUUCUCAUGUACGCUUAGCAGCGGUCAGAUGUCUACAUUCUCUUUCUAGAAGUGUUCAACAACUUCGAACAAGUUUUCAAGACCACGCUGUUUGGAGACCACUUAUGCAGCUAUUGCAUGGAGCAGAAAAGGGAUUGGAGGGUAGAGGCGAAAGCGAAGUUGAUUUAUUAACUGUUGCCUCGAGUACUUUAUGUAACUUAUUAUUGGAAUUUAGUCCAAGCAAAGAACCAAUUCUUGAGUCUGGUGGAAUAGAGUUACUCUGUUCACUUACGAAACGGUGCAUGCCAGCCUUACGAUUAAAUGGAAUUUGGGCAUUGAUGAACAUGGCUUUUCAAGCCGAACAACAAGUUAAGUUGCAGAUCUUAUCAUGCUUGGGCACCGAUCAAAUUUUUUGCCUUCUGGCUGAUCAAGAUGUACCAAUUUUAAUGAAAACACUGGGUCUGUUACGAAACUUACUUUCCACAAGCGCUCACAUUGAUCGCAUAAUGAGUGAACAUGCUGCUCAUGUAAUGCAAGCUGUUAUAUUAGUCCUGGAAGAUCCAAGACACUCGGCGGAUGUAAAAGAACAAGCUCUCUGUAUUUUGGCGAAUGUAGCUGAUGGCAAUCGAGCAAAAGAUCACAUUAUGGCUAAUGAAGAUGUGCUUAAAAAACUUACGGACUAUAUGAUGCAUAACAAUAUAAAGCUGCAAGUUGCGGCUGUGCUUUGUGUGUGCAACCUAGUCUGGAAGGAGGAACCUGGAGCUGCGCAGCGGCAAGCACGUUUAAGAGAAUUAGGCUUUUAUCGUAUUUUACAACAAUUGCGGCAUAGCAAGGAACUUCAGUUAUUUGAUAAGGUCAGAACUUGCAUGGCACAAUUCUAUGAUGCCUAAACUGCAAAAUAUGUUACCGAUGCAAAUUAGGUUUUGAUUUAGAGUUCUUUUAUACUUGAAAUACAAUUAUAUUUUGGUGUUAACUCUGUGAUCCUAUACUUUGUUAAUGCAUAAGCAUUUUAUAUUUAUAUAGAAAAAAAAUACAAAAACGAUAAUCCUCCGACGAUGUAAUUUGUUUAUAAUGUAUGUAUUUUUAAUUUAAACGAGAAAGCGAUAUUGAAUGUUUCUGCAUAUUUAAAAAGAACGAAAAUGUAUGUAGCGCAUAAUUAAUUACUUCACAAUUUUCUAAAUACAAACCAUCCCAUAACGACAAUGAUAUUAAAAAUGAUUGUACAACAAAGAAUUCGAACCGUGAAGUAAUUGCAAAUUACAAAUAUUUGUAUGAUAUAUAUACUUUUAACUCCAACGACCAUAUUUUAUUAUAAAUGUAAGUAGGAAAGUUGAUAACUCUAUUUCUUAUCAUGAAACGAUAUUUGUAAUGUAUUUAAAAGAAGUAUUUGAUUAGCACACUUUUAUAAACUAUCAGAUUUUACAUCUUUGGUAUAGAUCUUGAAAGAUACUUACGAAAUUCAAAUACUUUUGAUUCUUACCAUUAAUCUUUUUCUUACUAUUAUUAAAUGUAACACAUCAGGAAUGUUAAGUUUCAAAUAAUAAGUACGAAAUAUUAAUAUAAAUGUAUAGAGUGGUAUAAUGCUCCUAGUAUUAUCUUGUUUGAUAAAAAUAAAAUCGUCUCUUCCGAUUGUUGCUGUGAACUGCAAUUUUUUAUGUAUCACGGUAAUACGAUGCAAGUGUUUUCUUAAAAAAUUAAGCAGAUGCGUUGCUGUCAGUGGAAAGAUUUUCCAUCGGGUUGUUAGCUAAUGGAUCUAAUUCAGCGAACAAAUCCAACCAGGAAUUUCCUUUUUGUUUUCCAGUUUUGUUUUUCUUCUGAAGCAAAAACAAAAAAAGUAAUAUAAAUUGUCUUUCCACAAAACCAAUAAUUGUUUUGUAAAAUAAAAUACUGUUCAUC